AUGGCACAAUAUUUCCAGUCUGAAUUCUACCAACAAUCACCAUCGUUAGACGUGACACCAGAAGACGACGAGAUGAGUGUGUUGGAUGACAGAAUCUUGGACCCAGGUUCUGAAGACCUUUCCAACAACCGCCGUGCCUCCUAUGACGCCCCAUCCGCCUACUCACAUCGGGAUUCCGUCUGGUCCAGCUACUCAAAUACUAGCGGCCAGUCACAGUCAAAUUCGCAUUCACAGCUCGGGCAUGCCAUGAUGAGCUCGGCGGGUUCCUCGUACAUGCCAAUCGACGGCCCGCAAUUACCUUCCUACCCACAGGCAUCGUGGUCCAUGUCGCGGUCAGAUUCAGACUCAGGCUCAGGCUCAUGUACUCCGACCAUGCACUAUGAUCACUAUGCUACCAAUGGAGACCAGAGCGCUAACGCUCCUUUUUCCGGUGGUGCGGUUGGACCCGUCAACACUAUGCCAUUAAACCCCGUCUCGUACGGUGGGAGUAUGGCAUUUCCCACUCCUGGCAGUGUCGCCAUGUCACCGCAAUCAAGCCAGGGCUGGAUGCCGGCACCCAUGGAUCCGGCCGAGGCAGAGAUGCACUCGAGAAGGAGCCCGAGGUACCCUGCUGCUUUCCCGCAGCGUCGGGGAGAAGGAGUUCGGAAGAGGAAUUCCCGCAUUCCAAUCUCCGCUGAACUGACCUUGGACAAUAUCGAUGACGCGAUCAGGGAGAGCACCGACGAGGAGAAGAAGAAGGAGUUCAAGGCUAUCAAACGACUGCUGCGAAAUCGAUGUGCAGCGCUUCAAUCUCGUCAACGCAAGAAAAAGGAAGCUGAAGAAAAAGGAGAGAAGAUUAAGGAACUUGAAAUCCGGAUCAGCGAACUGGAAGCAAUGAUCAAGCAACUGAAAGCAAUGAUCAAGCAGCCAGAAGCAAUAAUCGAGCAACUGAAAGGAAUGAUCGAGCAACUGAAAGAGGAGUUGCAGAACAUGCAGAGGGCAAUGGACAACUUGAAGUACGAGAUUCACCAGUUGAACCUCUACAAUGCGCAGUUGACAGAGCACAUCCAACGCCAGGACAUGGAGAAAGAUGAAAUUAUCCUCAGGAACACGCGCGAGACAGCCAAUCUGUUGAAGAGGAAUGCCAUACUGGAGGAGACAAACAAGAGACAGGAGGAGAUAAUUAACCAGCUGAAGCGCGGCGUAAAUCCCGCUCAAGAAAGCCAGUCUGGUGAAUUCACCAGCUUCGAGAACCCCACCAUGGAAAGCCAAUCGUGGGACGACUUGAUGGUUACUGGACCUCCUGUGCAACCAGAGUGUGUCCAAACCCCCCGUUCUCAGGUUGGCCAGCAGGUCAAGGCCCCGGAGAAAUCCACCAACGGGUCAGACCUGCCGAUCAACUGGAAUGCCUUCUGCAUGUUCCUGCUUCUCGGUGCCUUCUGCGCCUCAAACAGUACCUCCCUACCGGGCCACUCCCUAACCCAACUCUCCGAAGAGUAUCGGGCCGAGUCAGCCAACGUACUGAAAGCAAUGCUAGGCUCAUCACCGGGCCACGAGGUGACCCACUCCCACUCCAUCAACCAUGUGACAACAACCGGGCCUACACCGGUGACAAUCACCGGCAUGGAGAUGGCACAGAUGGGAUCUGCGCAACCCAUCCCCUCAAAUCUAGACCAGCUGCACAACACGUUCGCGAUGCCGACAGAGGAGCAGGAGCGCGAGCAGGUGUUCACAAUGAACGCGAACCAGUACAACUCCCUGACGACGUUCGAGGAUGAUAGUGUAGACUUCAAGCCACAGCAGCCAUCUACUCUGCAGCAGGCGUUUGCUGCGAUGCGUGACACCGUCGCACAGCAGAGUCGUAUGCACUCCGCUUUGUCUUCGGAUGUGCACUCUAGAUCAUUGAUGUGGGACCGUGUGCCUGAGAAGGUUGUCCGGGAUUUCCGCCGUAUGAUGAAGGGUCAGGAUCACGAUACUCCCGUGAAGGUGGAGGGUAUUUUCUAUUCUUGA